AUGGUGUGUGAGCAUAUCAUUACAGAGCCAUGUGCACGACCACCAAAUAAAAAAUUGAAAAAAAAUCCAAAGAAGACUGCGACAUCGAAUUUUGGAUCCUCUUUGUUGAAAAUAUUAGAAAACCGCCAAAAAAUACCAGAAGACCCGGAAAAAUCUUUUUUGUUGUCAUUACUCCCUCAAAUUAAAUCGUUGGACGAAGACCAAAAAACUCGGCUGUAUGUUGAAUUUUUAAAUGCCAUACAACGAGUAAAAAACUGCUCUGUAACCCCUACUUAUCCUUAUAAUACACCAAAUAAUCAACCUUACUCCCCAUUCCCCCCUCAACACUAUUACACCACAAAUAAUAAUCCUCAAAGUGUAUCUUCAUCUAUUUCUCAUCAAACACCACUAUCACACAUGCCACAUUUUAAUAUUACUCCUCAUCAAUAUGCUUCCCAAAAUGUGCCUACAACUAUGAUAAACAAUACUACUAUUACUUCUCCACAAAGAGUGAAUGAUGAAUUAAACUAUGUUCCACAGUCACCCUCUACUGAAAUUCGUUCUGCUCAAAAACAAAACCAUUACUAUAAUUAUUAA